AUGGAUAGACAAAAUGAGAGCUUUGUGUCUACAUUCAUCCUCACAGGGUUUCCCCGUGCUCCAGACCUAGGGGCAACCCUGUUUGGGAUCUUCUUAGUGAUUUAUUCACUCACUUUAUUGGGGAACCUCCUCAUCUUGUUGGUGAUCAAGAUGGACUCUCACCUCCACACUCCCAUGUACUAUUUUCUGGCCAACCUCUCCUUCAUUGACAUGUGGUUCUCCACUGUUUCUGUGCCCAAGAUACUCAUGGGUCUCCUCUCCCCAGAUGGUUGGGCCAUCUCAUUUCACAACUGUGUAGCCCAACUCUACUUCUUCUAUGGUCUGGCAAACACUGAGGCUUUCCUCUACACAGUCAUGUCCUAUGACCGCUAUAUGGCUAUCACUUAUCCUUUGCAAUAUGCUACCAUGAUGAGUGGGAAAAGGUGUGCCAUUCUAGCUGGAGGCACAUGGCUCAGUGCUGCUAUCCACUCAGCAGUUGUGACUGCCUUGACCUUCCGCCUGCCCUACUGUGGCCCCAACCAGAUUGAGCAUUACCUUUGUGAUGCACCAGCCAUUCUCAAGUUGGCCUGUGCAGACACCUCAGUCAAUGAGAUGGUGAUCUUUGUCAACAUUGGGGUGCUUGCCUCUGCAUGUGGCUUCCUGAUUUUCCUUUCCUACGUGUCCAUCGUUCGUGCUAUCCUGAAGAUCCGCACAGCAGAAGGCAGACACAAAGCUUUCCAGACUUGUGCUUCCCACUGCACUGUGGUUCUCUGCUUCUUUGGGCCAGCUCUCAUCAUUUAUCUAAGACCAGGCUCAAAACACAUUAUGGAUAGGAUUGUGGCCAUUUUUCAAACAGUAAUCACACCUCUAUUGAAUCCCUUGGUAUACACACUAAGGAACAAGGAAGUAAAGAUGGCUUUACUUAGGCUGAAAAAUAGGGGUAAUUUUGUUUAG